UGUAAACAGAGAGGGCGCAAAUUUGAAUUCGCGCAUGGCCGGCCGGAUGCUCUUUCCACGGAAAAGUAUGGCAGAAAUCGAAACGUAUGUAAAGCGUGCAGCGGAACAGGAAGUUGAAAUCAAGCGACUGAAAGUUGCAAUCGAAAAAUUGAAAAAUGGGGACUUCUCCGAUGUUCAGCCAUCUGGUGAAAGUGAAAAGCUUCAAAUAGAAAACCAAAAACUGAAAUAUAGAGAGGAGCAUUUACUUAAGAGUAUCGCUGCAGAGGAGGCUCGAAGUAAGUCGUACAUGACCAAUAUCCAUGGAUGUCUUGUGAACAUUUUUGCAACAGCUAUCAACAAGGCCUACCCACAGCUUGAGGGCCCACCAGUAGCUGUCACGCCAGGCAAGAAUGGGGACUACCAGUGUAAUAGCUCUAUGGCUAUGUCAGGGAUGCUGAAAUCCAUUGGUGUUAAAAGUUCUCCAAGGGAUAUUGCUCAGGAGAUUGUGAAGGGAAUUCCCCCUAAUGACAUCAUUGAAAAGACGGAAGUUGCUGGACCAGGUUUCAUCAACAUCAAUAUCAGGAGGAGCUUCAUCAGCCCCCUUAUUUCUGAGAUAUUAACCGAUGGGGUCAAGCCCCCAGCAGUAGGCUGGAAGAAGAGGGUCUGCUUGGAUAUGUCAUCACCGAACAUCGCCAAGGAGAUGCACGUUGGUCACUUGAGGUCAACUAUUAUUGGUGAAAGUCUGUCACGUCUUCUAGAAUUUGUAGGUCACAACGUUUUGAAGAUUAAUCAUCUUGGUGAUUGGGGCACGCAGUUCGGUAUGCUGAUCGCGCAUCUACAAGAUAUGUUCCCGAACUACCGUAACGAGUCUCCCCCACUCCAAGAUCUGCAAGCUUUCUACAAGGAAUCUAAGAAAAGAUUUGAUGAUGAUGCAGACUUCAAGAAAAGAGCAUAUGAAUGUGUUGUGAAGCUGCAGUCGAAAGAUCCGAAUUAUAUCAAAGCAUGGAACUUGAUAUGUGACAUCUCAAGACAAGAGUUUGAAAAAAUUUAUGCCCGGCUUGAUAUCAAGAAUUUAAUUCCUCGGGGUGAAUCCUUCUACCAGGAUCGUAUGAAAGAUGUUGUCACAGAAUUGGAAGAAAAGGGUAUGCUUGAAGAGGACGAUGGCAGAAAGGUGAUGUUUGCACCUGGCGCACCAAUCCCUCUGACAAUCGUUAAAUCUGACGGUGGGUUUACCUACGACACGUCAGAUAUGACAGCUAUCAAACAUCGUUUAGAUGAUGAGUCUGGUGAAUGGCUUCUGUACGUGGUUGAUGCAGGACAGGGCGUACACUUCCAGUGUUUAUUUGCUUGUGCCAAAAAAGCUGGGUUCCUGAAUCCAAAGAACAUUCGUUGCGAGCACAUAGCAUUCGGAGUUGUUCUUGGAGAAGAUAAAAAGAAGUUUAAAACUCGUUCAGGUGACACGGUUCGAUUGGCGGACUUACUCGAUGAAGGAAUUAGAAGAUCACGAGAAAAACUUAUGGAAAGAGGGCGUGACAAGGUGUUGACAGCUAAGGAGAUGAAGGCUGCGGAAGAAGCCAUUGCCUAUGGAUGCAUCAAGUAUGCUGACCUCUCACACAAUCGGGUCAAUGAUUAUGUCUUUUCAUUUGAUAAGAUGUUAGACGACAAAGGAAAUACCGCUGUGUACCUGCUGUAUGCAUACACUCGAAUCAAAUCCAUAGCUAGGCUGGCAAAUGUUAGUCAAGAGGAACUCACAAAAGCAGCUAAGACCACUCCCAUUGUGCUUGAACAUGAAAAGGAAUGGAAGCUGGCUAAAUGCCUUGCCAGGUUCCCAGAAGUAAUCACGAAAAUCUUGGACGAUCUGCUGUUACAUUCCCUCUGCGACUUCCUGUAUGAGAUUGCUACCACCUUCACCGAGUUCUACGACAACUGUUAUUGUGUUGAGAAAGAUCGAAAGACAGGUGAAGUCAUUAAUGUGAAUGUGAGUCGUCUACUAAUAUGCGAGGCAACUGCUGCUGUCAUGGCCAAAGGUUUCGAUAUUCUUGCUAUAAAACCGGUCCAGAAGAUGUAAAUGAAUUAGCAAAUAACUACACUAAAUUCCUAAAUAUAUAUAUACAGUACAUGCAAAUUUAAUAGUAGACAUGAAGCUUUGUGGUUUAAAUGGCACUUGUCUUCCAAUGGCAGGUUCCUGGGUUCAAAUCCUGCUUGAAUCUUUCUCGUGGCUAAACCCUGCCCCAUGGAUAUUGUUGCUAAGGUCCCACAUUGCUGGCUCUGUUCUGAUUGGUCAGUGGUUAACUUUGAUUGACACCCCGGAAAUGUCCAUUCACGUGUACAAUAUUACGCCGAAUUUAGCAACUUGUCACAAUGAUCACGGCAUGCAAAGCGUUUUUCAUUAUCUUGGUAAAGUUCCCAAGAAUUCACAAGGUUUUUAAAUCUUUACCUUUGUCGUAGAGGCCGGUAAAAUCAUCAUAUAUUUUAAUAAACAUACAACGUUCUCCCGAAGCUGUUUUAACCGUCAGUUUUACUGGUAAAAAUAACCAGCCAACCAAUAAAAAUGUUGAGUUUGUAAAAUUAAAAAACUACUGAUAUGGCCUUGGUAGUCUAGGCUGGCCCUCUUUCAAUACAUUAAUAUCAUUCUAGUCUAUGGCUAAGCUAUGAAUAUAUGUGUUGUUAUUUCAUCAAGUCAUUAAACCCCACUCAAAAGGGGUAAUACCUCACACUGCACACGUUGCUGAAUUUUUAUGGACAAAUUUACCUGUAAAAAUGUUUCCAUUGGGGGAACAUCGACAUACCAUAAAAUAAUUGAAGGCUGGCGGCUUCUUUUUUCGUGCAAUCUUUGAAUGGGCUUCUUUUCAAUGCUACAUUUGCAAAGUAGAAGGGGGGGGUGGGCUUCUUUUCAAACUGGAUGCUGUAAAUUUUGGGAAUUACUACUAUAAAACAAUAAAUAUGGCCACUGAAACAUCAAUCUGUGUCAUUGAGUGUAUUAACUGGCAUUAAAUCACCUAAACUACUGUAUAAACCAAGUGUGUUUUUAAUUUCUUUUUUUGGUUGUUUUGAAAUUCAUGUACAAUGUAAAAACCGAAAGGUCCACUGAUUAAUCUCAGAUAAGAAAGUAUAAUACAUACUCCAAGUAUUGAAAUACACGCCAUCGUGUUAGGAUUCAAUAUUUCGACAUUAAUUAUGUCAUCAUCAGGAAUUCGAGAUGGGCUUCCCUUCGCUAUUAGCCCCCAUUGCGGUAGCUUUUUCAUAAAGCUAGACUGCGAUUGAAUGGUGGUCAGGAAGACCCUAAUCUUAAUGAACAUAUACAUAGUUGCAUGUUAAAACAGGGAGUUCUUUUUGUGACAUUAUGCAAGAGUAGAAUUGUCUAUGUUUGAUUUGGUAUAUUAGGAAACUUCAAUUCCUCUUUAUCGUUUAAGUAUGCAUUUAUUUUUAAACGACGACAGCAAUUAUAUUCAAAUGAAAUUUUGAGCGUAAUCUUUAGUCUAAAUACACAGAACAAGAGCAAUAGUGUAGGUACAGCUUUGUCAUAUGAGUAUCUUCAUUGCUCUUAUCUUUGCCAAGAUAGCCCCUAGUUAGUCAUUACUUUCACUAUGAUUCAUCUUGUGUUUUGAUUAAACAUUUUUUUUUGUCCUUAUAUUAUCAGAAAUAAAUUUAAAUAUCAUAAAA